AUGUCACUAGUAAGUCACCGUAUAGAACUGCACCAUGAUAGUACCGAAGAUAUAACUUCACACUCGCUGAUCGUCCCUGUUAUAAUCUCACACAAGCACGACCCGAAAAGGGAACUCUUGGUCUACGCACUACUAGACGAACAGUCCGACGCGUGCUUUGUGAAGGACUCAACACUAAAGAAAAUAGGCGUCGACGGCCCAAGAGUGUACAUUCAACUAUCGACAGUACUUGGAAAACAAACCAUCAAAAGUAAGAGGAUCACAGGCCUCAUCGUCAAAGGCGCGAGGGAAAGUAAAGAAAUUCGUCUUCCUAAAAGCUACGCUAGAGACAUCAUCCCGGCAAAGAGAAGUCAAAUUCCUAGACCAGAAACAGCGUUGAAAUGGCCUCAUCUUAGAAGAAUCGCGAAUGACCUAAUGCCAUACAGAGACGAUGUGGAAAUCGGGAUUCUSAUAGGACUCAAUUGCGCAGCCGCCAUCAAACCACGUGAAGUCAUUCCAGGGAACGACMAUGAUCCAUACGCWAAGAGGACAGCGCUCGGAUGGGGUAUAAUCGGAGUWGUGAACAACAAAGCACACGAYAUCGACYACGACCAAGACGACUCGGUCAUUCAUAAGCAAGUGCAGACUACCAAAGAGGAGAAGAGAUGUCACUUCGCCGUGAUACAACAAACCAAAGAGAUCCUCAACCCUCAKCAAGUCUUCAAAAUGUUUGAGUUAGACUUCAGCGAGCGAGAAAGGGACGAGAAAUCGCUCUCUUUUGAAGAYAAAAGAUUCCUUAAAACUAUGUCUGAAAAGGUACACCAGCUUAAAGAUGGGCACUAUGAAAUGYCGCUGCCAUUCAAAAGAGACCGUGUUCUCCUGGAAAAUAACAUCGACGUUGCUAUGAAACGSCUAAUGCAGUUAAAGAAGAGAUUGCAGAACGACCCACAAUAUCGUGAAGACUAUGUAACCUUCAUGAGCAACAUCAUCACCAACGGUCACGCAGAAGAAAYACCUAAGGGCAAGACAAAACCCGCCAGUGGCAGUGUUUGGUACAUACCACACCACGGUGUGUACCACCCACAAAAACCCGGCAAAAUUCGCRUCGUGUUCGACUGCAGUGCCAUGCACAAGGGUCAGUCCCUCAACCAACAGCUAAUGCAAGGACCCGAUCUAACCAACAGCCUGGUCGGUGUUUUGUGCAGAUUCCGUCUUGAGCCAGUAGCUUUCAUGUGCGACAUUGAAAAAAUGUUCUUUCAAGUAAAGGUUAACGCAGAGUGUCGUGACUAUCUAAGAUUCCUUUGGUGGGAAGAUGGCGAUGUCAACAGCGAACCUAAGGAGUUCAGAAUGACUGUGCAUUUGUUUGGUGCUGUGUCCUCUCCAGGAUGCGCUAAUUUCGCUCUGAAGAAAACCGCCGAUGAUUUCAGAGAUGAGCUGGGCAGCGAAGCAUCACAUUUCAUAAAGCAAGACUUCUACGUUGACGACGGUUUGAAAUCAGUUCCAACAACGCAGGAUGCCAUCCGACUCAUCGAUGACACAAAGAAUUUAUGUAAGAAGGGUGGAUUCCGUUUACACAAGUUCGUUUCCAACUCCAAAGAAGUGAUCGAUUCUAUUCCCAAAGGUGAAAGAGCAGAAGGCAAAAGGAAUCUUGACGCUGAUAAAGAUAACCUAUCUAUAGAACGAGCCUUAGGAGUACAAUGGUGCGUGGAAUCUGACACGUUCCAGUUCCGGAUAACACUGAAAGACCGACCAUUCACAAGGAGGGGAAUAUUGGCUACAGGUGGAUUCCGUUUACACAAGUUCGUUUCCAACUCCAAAGAAGUGAUCGAUUCUAUUCCCAAAGGUGAAAGAGCAGAAGGCAAAAGGAAUCUUGACGCUGAUAAAGAUAACCUAUCUAUAGAACGAGCCUUAGGAGUACAAUGGUGCGUGGAAUCUGACACGUUCCAGUUCCGGAUAACACUGAAAGACCGACCAUUCACAAGAAGGGGAAUAUUGGCUACAGUAAGCUCAGUGUUCGACCCCCUUGGAAUGGUCUCUCCCGUGAUACUGCAAGGAAAGAGAAUCCUCCAAACCCUAUGUCAACAUGGCGUAGAGUGGGAUGAACGARUUCCUGAUGACCUAAGACCAAAGUGGGAAAGAUGGAGAUCAGAACUCAUCUCCCUGACAGAGCUCAAGAUUAACAGGUGCCACAAGCCUCCUCAUUUUGAGCCCAUUAAAGCAGCAGAGUUACAUCAUUUCUSUGAUGCCAGCACCGGUGGAUAUGGCCAAUGCUCCUAUCUCCGGCUAAUUGACGUCAAGGACCGAGUACAUUGCUCGCUCGUAAUGGCUAAAUCCCGGGUAACUCCACUGAAACCCAUCACAAUCCCCAGGUUGGAACUGUCGGCCGCCCUGGUGUCCGUCAAAGUAAGCACGCUACUACGGAGCGAGUUGAGCAGCCUCUUACYAAGUGAGCUGUUUUGGACGGACAGYCAAGUCGUUUUGGGAUACAUCUGCAACGAUGCUCGCAGAUUCCAYACGUUCGUGGCCAACCGUGUCCAGCAGAUACGAGACAGAACGACACCGGAGCAAUGGCAGUACGUCGACACAAAAUCCAACCCUGCUGAUCACGCAUCCCGCGGACUCUCCGCAAAAGAACUUCUCGAGUGCGAAACCUGGUGGAAUGGACCGRAGUUCCUGUGGAGUCUUGACGCAACAGCCCAGGAACYUCCACAGAUACCACUACCUGAGCAAGAUGACCCAGAGGUAAAGAAGCAAACCUGCUUCGCCACGAAAGUAGAGGAGUUCUCGUCGAUUCUGAAAAGACUCGARUACUUUUYGGAUUGGCACCGCGCUAAAAGGGCCAUUGCGAUCUGCCUUCGCCUGAAAGAAAGGUUGAAGACCAAGAACAGAGUGCAAGGCACUGAUGAAACCAAGCCAACAACACGAUCGGAUUCAAAGAGUGCCGCUGACACAGCCAAUCAUAAGAAGCAUAGACCUGUGGAAGCACCCUCUGAUCAUACCAAAGGAAAGCCAUGUGACAAGCCUCAUCCUGUGUCAUUUCCAUGGAAGGAUCUACCACCAAGGGCGAGGUAUGACGCAGAACGAAAUUCGGUCCGCCGGCUUUUGGAUUGUCGGAGGGAAAGCUGUCAUCCUUCAGCACGUCUCUAG